UUUCCUGGAGCAGCUUCGCGGCUAAACGGCUAAACAGCCGAAGCUACUGACGGCGAAUAAAAUACUUUUAUCGACGCGAGGAGACAUUUGACUCAUCAAAAAUGGGACAUACUCGCAAAUAACGCACGCAUUUAUUUGGAGAAUUGCACUGCUUCUCCUGCUCCAGGGGCCCUGACGAGCCCCGUUCUCGGAGGGCCUGCCGGGAACCCGUUGCUGAUUCAAGGGCAGGCUGCCUCCUUGCACCUGGCUCAGCUGAAGGCCCAGCUAGCAUUGACACAGAUGAACAAUGUUCUCGGUGUUGGCGCACGAGCAACCUUGACGGUCAACUCCAACACAGCGACUCCAUUCAUAGCGACACCAGCACCGUCGCCGACUGCCGUGGCCAUCAAUCUCCUGAACAUUCUGAAGAUCGCCAACGCUAUGUCGCAUCCCAUGUAUAACCCCUACGCUCCUGGGAAUCAAACUCCAUCCCAGGGGCAAUAUGGACUUUCUACUGGACAGACACAGGGGGAUCCUCGGAAGGCGAAUCUCCUGGGUACUGGACCCAGCUUCAACCCUCCAGGAGCUGCGCCUGUGCCUCUCGGGAACUCUGGUGGAGCUAUUCCUUCACUUUUAUCUCUGCCAGUGAACUACAGACCUGAAAGAAAUAGAGCAACAACUGACGAGGACAUUGAGAGGUCUAUAGACUUGCACAUAAGCAGAGCAAGGGAGGAGGUGAAGCAUCAAACUGCUGGGCAAGGCACUCGAUUUACCAACACUCAGAGAGAUGCGUUUCCUUCCUCAACCACAGGGGUAACCUCCUUUCCGACACCCUCAACUUCUCAAGGAAAUCAAAACACUGCCAAUGUUGCAAGUGGCAGUGGUCCCUUGGACUGGCUCCCUCUCUACAAAAGGGCCACUGGGGGUAAUUCCUCAAAAACCUUUACAUCUGCUUCAUCUGACUAUCAAGGCGGCGGUGAUGGUAGGUUUAAUGCCCCCAAAGAAGGACAUGAUAUGAAGUCCAUUCCAGGUUUAGGCAAAUAUGAGCCACUACCAGACAAAUCGACACCAUCUACCGAGGCCGGUCAUCACAGGUACACAUCUGAAUCAGCGGCCAACAUCCUUCAGCACUUUGGACUUGAAAAAGAAGACUUGGAACAUCUUAUUGCAUACCCCGAAGAUCAGAUCACCCCUGACAACCUGCCUUUCAUCUUGAGACAGAUCCGCAUUGAGAAGACCAAUAGAACUGCAACUACAAGUCAGUCAGAAACCUACCCUGAACCUCAAACAACCACGACCAUGAGUCCAAUGAACAGACUAGGUCCCUCCAGAGGGGCAGCGGUUUGCCAAGAUGAAUUGGCAUCGACAAUUCUUAAACCGAGUAAAGUAAUUGACUAUGGGCAUACUGGCAAGUACACUGCAGGGGUUGGGGUCGAGAUUGGAAGAACCAUGGGCACCGACACUGCCACCACUAAGAGCAGCGGUAAUGGGAGUAUGUCGUUGAACACGUACGAUAGUGGUGGCCACUCUAGAGAGACACUGCAAAGAAGUACAACAGAGGUGAAAAGCGGUGUUUUGGUUUCUUCGCGUGACCAGAUGAGUUUCGGCUCAUUGCAGAGUAUCAUGGCUUCUUUAAGCAGUGCCCCAACCACACGAUUGCAGACUCAACAAAACCAGACCCCACCAUCAAUGUUCGGCACUUUCACUCUGCCAAAAAAAGACACGGACAUGAGGCAUCUCGGUUCUGGCGUUCCCAAAUCUCUUCCCUUGAAACAGCCAGAGCCAGGUCACCAGUCAGCAACAGGUCCUCAGCCGUCCUGCACCCUGUUCCGUGGUGUCCCAGGCCGUCCUGGCCUGGUACUCAUUGACAGUAAUCAAAAGAGUAAAACUCAAGGACAGGCACCAAAUGUUGCUAAUCAGAUGAAUAAUCAACAACAGCAGAUUAAACAACAACCACCCAUGCAGCAGAACAAUCAGCAGCAACCGCAGAAUCAACAGCCGCGUCAGAUGCAGCAGCAACCACCGCCGCAGAGUCAACAGCAGCGCCAGAUGCAGCAGCAACCACCGCCGCAGAGUCAACAGCAGCGCCAGAUGCAGCAGCAACCACCGCCGCAGAGUCAACAGCAGCGCCAGAUGCAGCAGCAACCACCGCCGCAGAAUCAACAGCAGCGCCAGAUGCAACAGCAACCACCGCCGCAGAGUCAACAGCAGCGCCAGAUGCAGCAGCAACCACCGCAGAGUCAGCAGCAGCGCCAGAUGCAGCAGCAACCACCGCCGCAGAACCAACAGCAGCGCCAGAUGCAGCAGCAACCACCGCCGAAUCAACAGCAGCACCAGAUGCAGCAGCAACCACCGCCGAAUCAGCAGCAGCACCAGAUGCAGCAGCAACCAAAGUCGUUGUUGCAAAUCGGGCAACCUUUAAUGCCUAUGCCUAGAGGCUUUUCGGCCAUGCCCCCCACUUCCAUUGGCCCUGGUGCCAUCGCGGUUCCUCCACCUCUACUUCUACCUGCCAGCCUCACCAACUACAUGCCUCGGAUGCUGCCGCCGCCGCUCAUCAAGCCGUGUCCAGCUCAGGGGGGAGUGUCCAGGGAUCUGCCGACCCGAGCCAUGAUGCAGGACUAUGCUGCAGCCUCCCCAAGAACAUUUCCUCAUACCUGUUGUCUUUGUAACAAAGAGUGUACCAGUAUGAAGGAUUGGCUGUCCCACCAGAAUACCAACAUUCACCUACUGAACUGCAGACUCCUCCGGUCCAAAUACCCAGAGUGGGAUGGUGAGAUUCUGCCACUGACCAGUAUUCCCAGUAAGGACGUGAAGCCUCCGCCCUCAUCUGCCCAGACUCCACAGAGUCUCUUCCAGAAGGCCCAACAUGAGGCCCACGCUCGCUCACACAGCCCUACUCGCCCACGGGGGUCAGACGACAGGAGGGGAAUCCGCGGCACUCGAUCGCGCUCACCCAGUCCCCGAUACUACGGCCUGGAGGGAAGACGGGACAGGCACACCAGCCGCUCGCGAAGCCCACGCCACCACUACGGCUCGGAGGGGCGGCGGGACAGACGCUCCAGUCGCUCACGGUCCAGAAGCCCACGCCACCACUACGGCCCGGAGAGCAGGAGGGAGAGACAUGGCAGCAGAUCCCGCUCACCAUACGGCUCCAGAUACAAUCCCAGGUCUCGCUCUAUCUCUCCGCGGUACGACUCCUCUACUUCCUCCCGUUAUCGAUCACGUUCGAGGAGUCAUGAGAGGCGACCCUCGCCCAGGAGGAGAGAGGAGAAGCGGUCGCCACCCAGGCGGGUCCAACAGCGACGGCCGUCUCCAAAAAGAAGCGACAACAAGCAGUCGUCUGCAACCAGAGUUCGUGAGAGACGAGCGUCUGCGGAGAAAUCCUCGCCUCGGCGUAAGAGGUCAAACAGCGCCGACAUACUGGAGAGAGUCCUGGAGACGACAGCUGUCCAGUCCCUGUCUAGGCAGGGUCGGCAGUCGGACCUGAAGGCCGUGGUUAAGACUCUGGCUCCUGCCAUACUGGCCGAGCUGACUAAGAUGAAGUCAAAGCCCUCGGCGUCGUCCGGCGCCUCCUCGUCAGCGGCUUCUGGUGGCGCCAAGAAGGAGCCGGCGGCCCGGUCGACGAAGGCGAAGCCGGGAUCCUCCACGCAGACGAAGUCGGGUAAACCCUCGCCCCCAACCAUGGUGAAACUCGACGGCAUCUUAGGCUUCAUCACUCACAAUGACGUGGUCACUGCUGUGGAGAAAAUCGGAAAAACCAAGUCGGUGGUUUUGUUCCGGUCCACGCUGGAGGCCGUCGUGUGUUUUGAAAAGGUGGAAGAUGCUGAGAAACUGAGGAGCACAAAGUCCCUGGAUGUAAAAGGAAUAUCCGUGUCUGUCGUCAGAGAAAAGAACGCUGGUUCAACAAAACCUGCUUCAGCAGAGCAGAAGAAGACCCCCCAGCAAAAAUCUUCAAACACCAGCGAAUCCAAAGCACAAACCACCAAAACCACCCCUGCUGGAAAAGGGAAAACGGCUUCGACGACGGCGUCCGGAGCCAAAAAAAUCACGCAGGGCAAACUGGCCACGAAGCCCAAAGUCUUGGCGUCCAAAGCCAAAAACGCGCCGACCAAGGCGCCGGCGAAAACGGGUAAAGUGGUACGAAAGGACGCUGGGAAAUCAGUGGAAAGUAAAAAAGAUGCUUCUACACAUCCUGGGUCCAAAAAGACCAAGGUUCCAGAGAAGAAGCCCGGCGCUGCUCAAAGUCAACAAAAGGCAGGACCGACAAAACCUAAAGGCAAAGCUGAAGAGGCUAAAAAAGAGACGGCCAAGGAAAAUAAACCCUCAAAAGCUUCUCAGCCCGUUAAAGGCAAAGAUGAAGUCAAGAAGGUUCCAGCUCCCAAAGCAGAACCUAAAACCGAAGCUGGGACUUCAGCUGUCGCUGUGAAGGAGGAAAAGGUGGAAGUAACCGUAGCAACGGUGAAAAAUGAUGAGACGAAGCCUCCAGAAUCUGUGGUGGGAGCAGAAGAUGCUGCCGGUUGUGAAACGAAGCCGCCGGCAGGACUCGUCAAGGUUGAGACGACUGAAGCCAAAGUCAGCGAUCAGACGGAGGUCGGGGGACCGGGGGAAGCAGAACCCGCCGGACCUGGAGGUUCUGGUGAGGCUGAAGGACAGGAGGGGGUUGAUACCAACACCUCACCAGGGAAACCCGGCCAGAGUCCUCCGUCCCUCCCUGCUGCGUCUCCGCUGAAGCUGGAUCCAGCUGAGAGAGCAGCUGAAGACCCGCUGGACGCUUCAUCACGGCUCCAGCAGAACAUGGAGGUCCAGGAACCAGAACCUGCUACGGAGACGAUGGAGACAAACACAGAGCAGCAAGGUCCCGGGGCUGAUGGGAAAACUGAGGAAGGUGUUUCAGCAGCGUCACCUGAAGCAGCAGAGCAGCGGCAGACGGAGGCGACGGCAUCAUCCGGAGCUGCUGUUGCCUCCCCGACAGCGGAGGGGGAGAUGGAGACGCCCCAGAACCCAGAAGAGACCAGUAAGACGUCCCAGAACCCAGAAGAGACCAGUCCAGUCCAGAUGGAAACCAGCGGCUCAGCAGAGCCUGCUGAUACUGGGGAGCAGACGGGUUCUUCUGAGUGUCCUGCACCAGCAACCGGUGCUGAGGAGGUGAAGAAGACGGAGGAAGAGGCCUCGGCUCCUCCCCUUUCCACCUCCAGCCCGGUGAAGCCCGAGGAAACCACGGCGGAGGCUCCUCAGAUCGACGGGGACGCUUCACACUCGCUGGCGACGGCACUUCCAGAGCACAAGCUCACGAGAGGAAAAGGGGAACGCCGGACUGAAGAGAGCAUCAGCAAAAGUAACGCCAGCGGACGAGAUGAGAGCGCAGAGAAAAAGGUUCAGGAAGACGCCAACGAUGGCGACCGGGACGUCUUUGACGAGGACGGUUUCAACCUGGAGGACUUUGUCACCGUCGAUGAAAUCGUGGAGGAGGCGGACGCGACGCCUGCUGACAAAACCUCCUCCUCGUCCAAGCCGACCUCCGGCAGAGAGACGAGAGGGAAGAGAAGCUCCGCCGCAUCACCCGCUUCCAGAAACCCCUCGUCGGCUUCACGGACCACCAGGAGAUCAGCUCCUUCCUCCAUCACCUCGUCAUCCUCAUCCAAGUCCUCAAAAAGCAGCACGUUGACGCCUGCGGCACCGAAGACGCAGAGACACUCAAACGAGCCCGUCAGAACUCGAAACAAAGCCUCUACCGCCGUCGGUAAAGGCUCGGCCUCCUCUUCCUCACAGUCUGAUAAAAGAUCCCCCUCCUCUUCCUCAAAAUCUGUGAAGCCUACGGCCUCCUCUUCCUCACAGGCUGCUAAAAAAUCUGCCUCCACUUCUUCACAGUCUGUUAAGACUGCACGCUCCUCUUCCUCAGAGUCUGCUAAAAAAUCUGCCUCCUCUUCCUCAGAGUCUGCUAAAAAAUCUGCCUCCUCUUCCUCAGAGUCUGCUAAAAAAUCUGCCUCCUCUUCCUCAGAGUCUGUUAAAAAAUCUGCCUCCUCUUCCUCGGGUCAGAAAGCUCAGCCCAGCAAGACCAAGUCUCCAACCAGAGCUUCACACGUCUCAUCGUCCGGAGAGAAACCCACAAAGGCCGCAGCGGCCCGGUCCGACCACAAGGGGUCAGCGGAGAGCACUGCUGCAAAAAGUGUCGAGUCAGAGAGAGAAACAGAGACGCCAUCAAAGAUGGAUCCACCUGCACAGGGACAGGAGUCAGAGUUGACCAACAGGAGUCCGAAGGCCGGAUGCAGAGAGGAAACGCUCAAAGAGGGGAAGAGAAGCAGAGAUGAACGCGGGGAGGAGAAGGCAGACGAGGGCAAAAGCGACCACGUCUUUGUUUCAGUCACUAAUCAGACCGAUGAGCGGAUGGAUGUGGGUGAGAAACAGGAAAGCAGCGGCGCUGAGGCCCAGACGCCUGGAGCUGAGGAGGGACGGAGACCCGAGGGAGACGUCCAGGUCCUGGACGGGGAGGGAGGAGGACAAACCUGCUCGGAGGACGGCAGUGGAACCAAGGUGGACAUUCUGAUCCAGGAGGGAGAUGCUGGUGAAAACCAGGCUGCUGAUGAGGAUCCGGUUGGAGAUGGAGGGUUCAAAGGUCAGCAGCCGUCCCAGGGAGACGCUGCUCCAGUCAUCAAUCAGCCUGAUCGAUCGGCAGGAGAAGAUGCAGCUGAUCACAGUACUGAGAAAACUCCAGGUGGAGUAAAACCAGACCCUGGACCUUCAGAGGAAUCCUGCCAGACCUCCGGAGAAGGAGCUCCGUUGUCCCACGAGGAAAACCACGAAGAAAGAGAAGAAGAUGAAAAAGAAGUGUCUGUAAAGGUGGAUUCAGCUGAUCCGACCGUAACAGAAGGUGGUGACCAGAAACCUGGAAUAACUGGAAUAACUGGGGACCAGAUCUCCACAGCAGACGUGUACCAGGUCCUCGACUCUGUGGAGGAUCAGUCAGCAACCACUGAGAUGACGUCAGCAGCUGACAACCAGGAGGAUGAUGGGAAAACCCCAACAGAAGAAGGACCAACCAGGAGGAGCCAGAGGAGCCAGUCCAGGACCAGAACCUCUAGAAGUAAAGAGAAGUCUCCAAAGAAGCAGGACAAAACGGUUAAGAAAUCUGAAAGUGAAUUAAAGAGCGGCGCUACAGGAAAGGACCAAAACACUGACGACUCAGAAGAGAUGGUGUUUGAAGUGGUUGAUUCCGUUGAGGACGAAUCUGUCCAAGACGCCUCGGUCCCUCAAACGUCUGCGAGGAGAAGAACCACUCGAGGGAUGAAGGAGGAGAAGAAGCUGAGCCCAAGUCCAGCAGAACCCGGUGCCGAGGAGGCGUCAGCCUACAAAGUUCUGGACUCGGUGGACGACCGAGCUGCUGCAGACGAACCCACCGCCCCGAAACCUGCCAGGGGAAGAAGAGGGAGGAGUAACGAAGACGCUGCAAAAGAGAAGACCAGGGAGACGACGCCGAUGAGGAGGAGGAGCACUCCUGUCAGAAAAGAGGAGAAAACCACAAAGACGGAAGACGCCGCUCCUGUCAAAGAGAGCACACCAACGAAGAAGAGCGAGACUUCGAGGAGCGAGGAGGAGGAGGCCACGUAUGAAAUCCUGGACGCCGUCGACGAAGACGAGGCCGCGGUGAAAGAAAAGCCGAGGAGAGGAAGACCGAAGAAAACCGCUAAGAAGCAGCAAACGUCUGCAGCGAGGAACAAAGCUGCUGACGACGAAGAGGAGGAAGAAUAUCAGAUUCUGGACUCGGUGGAGGACGAGGCGGUGGACAGUCAGACUCCCGUCACGGAGACGGAGAAGGACGGAGACGGGAAACCCGAGACGGGAACCCAGUCCCCCGUAAACGAAGAGGAAGAAGAGCCCGUCUACCGGAUAGUAGAUUCUCUGGAGGAGGAUCCGGUCCAGGAGGAGCCGACGAAGAGCGAAGGACGUGCAGUGAGAGACGAAGCAUCUGUCGGAGCGGCAGCACAGGACGGUUUGAAGAAGAAGAGCGAAGAAGUUAACGAAGAUCCAUCUGACAAAGCUUCAAAUAAAACGACGAGGGACAAGACGCCAAAAAGAGACGUUAAGAAAGACUUAAGACCGGCGACGAAGUCCAAGAAGGAUUCCUCUUCAUCGGAGGAGACCAAAUCCCUCCGGAGGAGCGACGCGGCCGCAAAGAGCGUCUACGUGAACCUGGACGAAGUGAGCGAGGAAGAGGAGGAUUACACCGACGACACGGCUGAGGAAGAGGAGCUGAAGAAGAGACAGGCCGCCGCCGAAGAGCGAGAGAAGGAGCGGCAGGAGAGACGGACGAAAGACGGGGAGGACGGGGGGUCGAAGGGUCGGAGCGGCAGGGGGACGACGCCGCGGAGGUCGAGGGAGAGGAGGCACGACGAAGAGGAGAAGGGGGAGCCCCAGGAGCUGGUGACCCUGGACGAGGUGGGGGGGGACGAGGGAGAGCUGCAGGAGCUCGUCACGCUGGACGAGAUUGUCGACGAAGAGGAGAAGAAGAGCAAAGACGACGCAGAGAAAAGUUCCAGAUCAGCUAAACGCAAACACGACGACGAUGAAACGGUUUUACAGGAGGGCAUGGACUUUGUGACGGUGUCUGAGGUGGGAGAGGUGGAGGAGGACGACAAGGACGCGACCACCACCAAGAAGAGAGGCCGACCCAAGAAGAAGACCAGGAAGACUCCCGUGAGGAAAACCACCAGAGGAGCAACGACGAGUGAAGAAGGUAAAGGAGACGACGAAACCGAGUCGCUGCCUUCUGCUUCACUCGAUUCCUCCUCGACACCGGAGAAAGAGGCGUCGGCACCGCCAGGUGACCUCCACCCGGAGACCCAGGAGACGGAUGUGGAGACGGCGGGGCAGUCUGACGUCGCCGCCGUAGAACCGGAGGGUCAGUCUGACGUCGCCGCCGUAGAACCGGAGGGUCAGUCUGACGUUGCCGUGGAGACGGCUGGUCAGUCUGACGUCGCCGUGGAGACGGCUGGUCAGUCUGACGACGCCACCACCGCCCCGACCGACCAGCAGAAUCAGCCCGACUGUCCUGCUGACCCGACACUGGACACAUGCGUGGCGGACAAGGAGGAGGAGGGGAAGGAAGCACCCGGUGGGGCCGAUGUCAAAGAAGUCGAGAAGCGGAAGUUGGAGCCCUCGGGACCUGAAGCGAAACGAUCUCGCUCCCAGUCUCCUUCCGUCCCUGCAGACUUCAAGCUGCCGCCGUUCAACCCCAGCAGCCCCCUCGGUCAGGAGUUUGUCGUCCCUAAAUCUGGGUUCUUCUGUAACGUUUGCUCCAUAUUCUACUGGACCGAGAACACGGCCAAGGAACGGCACUGCUGCAGCCGCAAACACUACGACAACCUGCAGAAAUAUUACCAGAACCUCCUUCAGAAGACGUCCAAGACGUCCACGCCGAGUCCUCAGGACUCCGUCUCCGACUGAUGAGCACGUUUGCUGUUCAUCAUGUUACCUGUAUAAAAUGUACACAUGUGACUUAUUAUUAUUUCACAACGCUUUGUUCCUGAUCUCAACUAAUUCCUGUGGCAUCUUUUCAUUUGUUACUUUGUGCGUGUUUAUUACUGGAAAAUAGUUUUUGGAGAUGAAGUACCGCGAGGUAAACUUUAAUACUUUACUGAACUGGAAGAAGAGAAAAGAAGAACAAAUUACCUUGAUGGAUAUAAGUGUAGAACAAAAACGGCAAGUCAAAGAUGACAGAUGUUUUCAGCAGUGAAAUAGUUUCAUCAUUUAAUAUAUCCUGAUCCAAUUAUCUUAGUUUUUGUUUGUUUUUUAAGUAUCAUACUUUUUUUAAUGUGAAACCAUAAGUUGUAUUCGGUGUACUGUACCCGUGUAAUUAAACCUCUGAUGGAAAAAGGGGACUAUUUAAGUCAGAGAUAUAUGUCGGGAUUGAUUGAUUGUCUUUAAUUUAGGGUCCAAAAUACUGAAGAAUGUCUUUGAUUUAUUCUUUUUAUUGAAAACAUGAAUAAAUAUGUGAGCAUGUCACAUGUUCCCUGAUUUA